UGUAACAAAUUUAAAAGUAAACAUCAUAAAUUAAAAAGAACCACAGAAAUAACAUUUAGUAGCUUAUAUUCGAUUAAGAAACAUAAUGGAGGUUAAAACUGUCACAAAAAAUAGUCAUAUGUCAAAAAUUAAAAAUGUCUUAAAUUCAAAAGCAUCAUUUGUACCGAAUAUCGAAGUAAUUACGAAGAAUGUUUUUGUACCUGUAACGAAAACCAUAUUUACCAAGAAACGAAGUGAUGCAAUACAGAGCAAUAUUCCUAAGCGCAAGACAGAGUUUUAUAAAUUAUGUCAAUCUAACAACGGCAUAACAGUAUCAUUGUUGAAAAAACCAUGUUGUCUUCCGACUAAUAUAAGUAAACAUGAAGUAAAAAUGUCAAAAAAACGAUCGCAUUUAAUUGACAAAAGUUACAGUUUUAUAAAUGAUCAAUCCAAAGAAUUCUCUGUACGAUCGCAAAAUAAAAAACAAAUAUUAGUAUUUCCUUCGUCAAUUUCUGAUUUGCCUUUGACUUCAUUUUCUAAAUAUCAAUCUUUUUCCAAUAAGAACAUAGCUAAAUCGAAUAAAUUGAAGAAAAAUGAUAAAACUAAUGGAAAAUUAUCAAUUGAUGGCAUUAAUAAUAUUUUGUCAAAUCUUUCAAAGACAAAUAAUAAUAAUAAAAAAUUAAAAUUACAUAAACCGAAGAAUGUUAUUUAUACGUCACAAUAUGAUUCUAAUCGGACUAAAUGUUUUUCUCCAAGUUCUAGCGAGAAGAUAUCUGAAAACAAUAUCUUAAAUAAUUCAAUUAUAUCUAACAAUACUUCAAAUAUUUCAUUAAGUGCUACAGCAAUAACAGCAACAAAGAAGAAUGACAGAACUGAAAAACAAUGUUUCUUUGAUCCUUAUUGUGAUUCUGUUUUAAGAAAUGUCGGUGUAACCAUAAGAGACACAAUUUCUAAUACUAUUAUUAAUCAAAGAGAAGAAUCACAAUAUCCAAUGAAAUGCAUUGAAUCGAAUGCUUUUAAAGAAAUUCGGUGUUCAAUGUUUCAUCCUCCAACAUCGGACAAUUUUUCAGAAACAAAUGAGACAGAUGUAAUAGAAAAUAUGCAUAAAAAAAUUUUAUCUACGCGUAAUUUUGAAAAUAAUUCUCGGGAAAAUAUUGAUUAUUCAAUUCUAUCAUUUCUUACAAAAAAUCGAUCUCGACUUCAAAAUGAUACAGACUUGCACAAAAAUGAUCGUCAUUCUUGUAAAAUAAAAUAUUCGUGGCAGGUGAUUGGUACAGGUUCACAAACGUCACAAACACUUUUGGACAGUUUAGUUAAAGAAAAUACUCUUGUCGAUGAUGAACCAAUUUGUAAUUGCAGUAUUAAAUAUUCUUGGCAAAUCAUUGGAAUUGCUACACAAACUGCUCCAAGUGAUUUCACUACAUCAGAAUGUCGUUCCGCUAUUUCACUUUUAUCUGCGAAAACGAAUACAAUUCAUCAUACUAACAAAGAAACUUAUACAUUACCAACUGCUACAGUUUGGCGAAAAGGUAAAAGAUAUAUUAUCUUAAACAAUCAAUGUUUGCAAACAUCUGCUCAUAAAGAAAGUCAAACAAUUUUUACGGAACUGUAUGAAAAAUAUCACGAUUAAAAAACUUCGCGUUUAUAUUAAAAAUAUAAAUAAAAAUGAAUAUAUGAAAAAUAUAAACAAUAUUAUGUUUAAUAUUGUAAAUCUUAUUCAAUUUUUAUUACAUCAUUUUUGAAAUUGAACAAAAAAUUAUUUAUUUCAUUUUAGUUUCUAUACGUACAAUAAGUAUUUCAUAUUAAAAAAGUGAUAUAUAUUUUUUUGUUCGAGAUUAAGAAUUUUGUAUUCAUCUGUAUACUUCAAUUAGUUGUAUGAUAAUUCAAAUACGAAAAACCUGCAAUUAUAUAAAGAUAGCAAUAUAGUUCUAAAAUUUAUAUGAAUACUUAGAGUUAUAUGAUAAAAAUGAUAAUAAAGAUAUACAUAUGUUUAUAAUUUUCAUGUUAAUACUUUCAUAGGUCAUUAGUAUUAUGCAAUAAAAUGUUUAAUAACAUACAAUGUCAAUUGACAAAAAUGUAAAUACGCAUCUUAUUUUAUUUAUUAUUGCCAAAUGUUAUCCAGAACAUCCUCUACAUCCACAAUGAAUACAUUCCACUAUUCUGCCUUCUUCAAGUUUGCCUUUAGGUACUCGACAAAUACAAUUUGUGCCAAAAUUAGUGUCUCUGGUUUGUAUACAACGUAAACAACAUAAGUUUUCAUAUCCCACCUUUUUCCACUUCGCUAUCAAAUUCUUAUCUGCUAUAUUU